AUGACACCGGCUUACCCUUCUCUCUACUGCCCUCCCUCAAAACCAAAUCAUCUAGAGUCACUUUGGCCGAUCCAGUACGAUCCAUCUAUUCACAAGGAUCUCUACUGUUAUCCAAUACCUCCCACUUUUACUUCCAAUCUGCCUUCAUCUUCUUCAUCUUCAUCUCUCUCUUCUCCCUCUCCUUCCUCCUCUUCCUCUAACAUCCUAUCACCCAAAAUAUGCUUUCCUAACCAGUGUUCACCAUACCGAUGUCCUCAGUCAUUCUAUACACCCCACACUCCAGCGACACAAGAUAUGAUGUCCACACCAGAUGCCAUGGUCAGCUGCUGUGAAUCAGACUCUGCACAGCUAGGAAGGAUCAAUUAUCCCUACUACAUGUCCACCACACCCACCCUAGACUAUGAUCCUUCUGGAGACAAUGUUCUCCAGGACGACAACUUCUCUAUUGCAACCGCACCAGAGCUCGACAUCUUUCCUCAGGCACAUACAUUCGGUGCACGGAGGUAUCACAGCAUGCCAGACAUCAGCUUGGCCCAAACACCUCAAGACAUCUGGGCCUCCCCCCAAUCAUCAUUUUCGACCAAGAGUACAGACGACUCGCAGCACCUAUUUAUCAGUCUAUAUGCACCAUCACAACCCACAACCAACCAAGACGCACGAUUGCCAAACCCCAAUGAGAAAAGACACAUUUGUCCUGUGUGCUUCCACAGAUCGCGUCGGCGACACAACUUACUGGAGCAUAUGCAAACACAUAAUCCAAAUCGACCCCGUAGUUUUAUCUGCCCUAGUUGCCACAGGGGUUUCGCGCGUAAAUACGAUAUGAAGAGACACGAAAAGAUCCACCUUCGAUAG